UGAACAUCGCCCGCCUCUUUUGACAUGCCAUCGCAGAAAUCCACGACGCCAAGUCGGACUGCCAGGAAGUGACCGGGAACGGCACGCCAUGCAACGUCGAGCGUCGUCGAAGCAGCAUCCCCUCGACGGCGGACGAAGCCACUGGGAUCCAAGUACUCCUUUGCUCACUCCACAAGCAACAACAGGGACGACCUCACAACAACCGGCGUACUGCAGCGUUGCCAUUGGCUCGCCACCUCCAGGAGUCACUGCUUCGCAUACCGACGAAAGAUGGAGCCACAACGCGAACGUGAUUCCUGCGUUUACUGUCGCAGACGCUCAGCGAAUGGAAUGGGAUUAUGCUCGCGUUGUCGUGCGCACCAAGAGCCAAUCGUCGCUGUCUGCCGGGUCCGAGUUUGAGCAACUUGACGUCGAAGAUAACGAGGAGCUGGGGGUCCUCCUGGAUCCGUUCUACGACGUCACCACAGGUCGCCUCCGUCGCAUGUUUCGGCACUUUGCACCUCAUGGCGAGGAAAAGGUGUCGUACGAUGCAUUUCACAAAGGUCUGCUGGCGUUGGGCAUUUCUCCACCCGUAGAUGUCCCGUUCGACGAGUUUGUGCAGAAGAUUGAUGCGGACCACGACGGAAUGGUGAGCCUGGAUGAGUUCAUUCAUGUCGUACAGAUGAUCAAGCAAGCGCACUUGUUCAAACCCGAGUACGUCGCACAAGAAGGCGCCACCAUUACAUCAACGUUUCCGUCCAAGUAUUCGGCGUCAACUUCGUCGACGUCGUCGCUGUAUAUUCUCCCGUCGCAGCCCCUAGUGUCAACCACUGUCCAGCCUGCCAUGGUUCUCCGCGUCGUCGAUUACUCGCCAACGUCAAUCCACACGGUCGCACCGGUGACAAACCUCCAGUCGUUCAUGUUUUCGUCCAAGCCGCACUGGGCCAAAGUCCGGUGGGUCCACGUCGCCGGGUUCAAGCGCGUCGACGACAUCAACUUGCGCCGCCUCGCCAUCAAGUUUCAACUGCAUCCGUUGGCGUUGGAAGACUGCCUGAACCACGAUGACAUGGUCCGGUGCAAGUACGAGCACUACGAGGAUCACGCGUUCCUGUGUGUACCGGUGAUCAGGCCGUUGGACGGCAACAAGAAGAAGGACUUGGAGAGCUACAUCAACCGCCACCGGUACGACUUGUACGCGAAGGACCAGGGGCGUGCGAUGCUGUCUCGGCAGCUUCGCAACCAGAGCUACUGGAACACAACCGUGACGGGGCGACGGGGGUCGGUGGGAUUUGCGGGCGACGACACGGCGCCUACUCGUCGGCCCAGCGACAAAGCACAUAAGAAACGGCAGCACGAAGGCACUUUGGACAACCUGAAAGUGCUCAUGCGCAAGCCGCAGCAACUUUGCAUCUUUAUUCACAAACACGGGAAUGUGAUUUCGGUCCAAGAAGAGAGCGAUUUGGACGACGUCGCGGGGUUUCCGCUGUGGCAAUCGGUGUUUAACAACCAAAUGGGCAAGUCGUACUCGAAGAUCCGCAACCACGAUGCGCAUUUCCUCGUCGUGUCGAUCCUGAAUGCCGUCGCCGAGGACAUGCGUCCGGUCGUCCACGUCAUGGAGGUGCAGCUCACGACGAUGGGGAAGCUUCUUCGCCUCGAACGGACCAAGUUCAACGUGAAGCGGCUGACCAAGACGAAAAAAACGCUCUUGGCCAUUGAAAAGAUUGUGCGGCCAUUGCUGGACCUUGUCGACGGCCAGCUCCUGGACCAAGACGAGUUCAACAAGGGCGAAGUUCGCAACUACCUGCGCGAUGUCCGCGACCACCUCAAGCAAAUGGCGGGCAGCUUGAAGGAGUCGAUGCAAACGCUGGCCGAGCUCGUCGACGAAGACAAGCAGAUCCGCGCACAGCACAAGGACGACGUGUUGUACAUCAUGUCGAUCUGCGCCACGCUGUUUCUCCCAGGAACGUUCAUGACGGGCGUGUACGGGAUGAACUUUGACAACAUGCCCGAACUGCACACGCAGUACGGGUACUUUAUCUGGUGGGCGGUCUUCCUCACGAUCGUGUCGUCGCUCUUCACGUUUCUGCGGUUCGUCAAGCAGUGGAUCUAAGUCGAAAACGGAUCGGACGCACCAGAGAGUGCCACGUCAUCGAUGCCACGAUCUUGAAUCCGGAUAUUACCGGAUAACAGAACAAGGGGGGAGAUAAGAUGUCGAUAAAACAUAAAAACCAUA